UAAAAUCAACAAAAACAACAACAACAGGCAAAAAACCGCUUGCAACUUGUUUUUAGCAAGCAGGCUAAACCAGCCCCCGCCCCCCUCCACGCCCUUGCCCCCGCACAUCCACAAAUUAACAUCACCAGCAACCCCCCGCGUGCCAUGCGUGACCUCGGCACGAAAAUGGCCGAGCUUAAAUUCGAGGCUCCACUGGCGAAAUUCGAGGAGACAGACGAGUGGGGCGGCUGUGACUUCAUCUCCAAUCAGAAUGCCCUCAAUGCCAAUCGGAAUCUGAAGGAUGGCAACGCCAAGCAGCAGCAGCAGGACAAAUUACGCCUGCUCGAGGAUGCUGUCCGUGAUGCACAUCUCAGCAAAAAUGGCGGCGCAGCAGCAGCAGUCUCUGGCGCUGGAGCAGCUGGUUCUGGAUCGGGCACAAGUGGAAAUAUUAGUCCCAAUUGCAAUACGCACAAUUUGAGCGAUGUUUUGGGCGAUGCAACGCCGGGCGUGGGACUCGGUAUCGGCUUGGGCGGCGAUAGGCGGGCCGCCGACAAUGUGGACAAUUUCACUGAGACUUUCGGUGGCAGCCUGGAGGAUCUGGUCAACACGUUCGAUGAGAAGAUCACCAAGUGCUUCGGCAACUACGAGGAGAAUGUCGAGGAACUUGCACCCGUUCAGGUGCGCAGCCAGGAGGAGAUCAUGAACGAAUGCCAAAUGUGGUGGACCAUAACUGGUAACUUUGGCAACAUUCUGCCCAUAGACUGGUCCAAGUCGUACACUCGCCAGAUGCAUAUGCCGACUUUGAAUCUGGGCCAGAAUCGUACAAAGCAGCGCAGCCAGCAGCAGCAGCAACAGCAGCAGCAGCAGCAGCAACAACAACAAUCACCACACAAACAACAACAACAGCAGCAACAAAAUGCACAAACACCUGUGGAUGAGUUCAAUGAUUUGGCCAGCGAGGAUGAGGCUGUGGCAAAUGAUCUGGAUAUGCAUGCAUUGAUAUUGAAUGGCCUCAAUGGGGAUGUCGAUGAGCCAAUUAAAUCCGUCGAGGAGGUGAUCAAGGAGAUCGAUGACAUCAUGGAUGAGGCGGACAGUCCAUUGGAUGAGCCCGAUCACUGCGAUUCCGAGGUGAUUGAGAAGGCACGCGAAGUGCUCGGUGCGCCCCUCUAUGCAGAGAAAUUGCAAUACUUGAGCAGCACACAGCUGAAUGAGCUGUAUAUGGAGAUGGAGAUGCUCAUCCAGGAGCUGAGCGAGACGCUGAUCAAUGAGCUGGCGCUGCGCGACGAGCUCGAGUACGAGAAGGAGCUGAAGAACUCCUUCAUAUCCCUGCUGCUGGCAGUUCAGAACAAGCGUCGACAAUAUCAUGUCGAAAAGAAGCGCGGCAAAUUCCAAGGACCAGAGCCGAAAUACUUGACCACAGUCAUACCGUAUCAUCUGGAGAAUGGCACGCCCAACAAUCAAUCGCUGCAGGUUUUGAUCAAAAUACUCAAGGCUAUUAAUGAGGACAGUCCGACGGUGCCGACGCUGCUCACCGAUUACAUACUGAAGGUCCUCUGUCCCACAUAAAUGACAGGCUGCAACAGCAAUAACAUCUAAAGCAACAACAGCAACAGCAACAGCAACUGCAACUGUAACAGCAACAAUAUAUGCUCUAUCUCGCUAACUGUGCUUAUACGAUACAUAUACAA